AUGGCUCUUACAGACUCACUUCAAUUGAGUGAAAGCAAAGAUCGAAACGGGAACGUAUGUUAUAGAAAGUCUCCGAAUCGAAACCUGACACAGUGUACACAAAAUUUUAAAGAAUCUCGAACAGAAAAUUCAGUGUAUUUGUCAGAAAAUCCAUUACGCCUGUGUGAAAAUUCAGCUUUCCAUUUAGGAAAUUCCCUGUCUUAUUGUGAAAAUUCACCGACGCAUUGUGAAAAGUCAUUGUUGUGCCUUCAGAAAUCUGAAACAAAACUGGAUAAUUUGGAAAUGAAGAACCUUGCAUUUAGAGAUAUUGUUCAAGAACAGAAUAAUAAUAAUAUAUUGGAUCAGUGUGAACAGAUCUGUCCCGGACAAAUGGUACAUUUUUUCACUUCCAAUUUAGACUCUGACAAAUUUAAACAUAAUGACUGGAUUACACGAAAUGCCCAAGAUCAAUGUUUUGUGAACGAUUCUUUGCUUAUUUCUGAUAACGACCGUAGAGUCCCAUGUUGUGAUUUGAACGACUUUAAAAAUGUGACUCUUAGAAUUAGCGAUUUUGACUCAUAUAAUAUGGAAAAGAAGACCAAGACCUCAAGUCGUAGAGAUUCCCGCGAUGAAGAGGAUUCUGAUGCUAAGCGUCCAAGAACUGAACUAUCAUCAAGCAAACAAUGUACACAGGCAUCUUCAACAGACACACAUGCAGUAUUAGCAGCAACCUCAUUUGUUUCAGAAUCUCAUGCCAGCAACCUGACCUCAAUCGAAGCUCAAGACCACAGUUGCGAAUCAAAAGAGGCAGCAGUCCGACCAAUGCCUUCAGACAAAGAAAGUGCUUCCAAAGAACCAAUGAGUCGUUCGUCUGACGUUAUUCGCGUUACCAAGUCCAUGAAAUCAUGCAGUAUCGAAACGAAACAGGCAUCUGCGGAAUCACAGUCGUCUUCAUCUCGACCAGUAUCAAUUGUUGCUCCUAUAGACAGUUCUGUUACCGUAUCAACCAGAUCUCGAUCAAUCCAAUCUGAUCUCAUAUUGCCACCUGUGUCAUGGGACCUACAUAUCGAUAGUUUAUUGGAUGAGGAAUGUUCGUUGUAUACGUCUCGGUUGACCAGUGUGGUACAUGAAAUCCAACCCGUAUCUGAACGUGAGACCACCAACCCUGUAUCAGUUCUUCUGAAUCAAGGCGACGAUAAGCACUUUAUACCAAUUAAUGACACAUCUGAUUCGGAGGAUGAAGAGCCUUAG